AUGUGCCUCAUUUGCGAGAGGCUGCACAUUAAUGUUCCAACUUGUCGCAAGUUUUUUUCAGGGGUCAUCACUAAAAAAUGCAGGGCAUGUCAUGUUGUUUAUGAAACAAGGGCUUUAUUUCUGAGACGCUGCAAAUCCAACUUGUUGCAAUGUGUUGGGGUGGCACUUCAUCAAAAUUCACAGAAUAUGUCAUAUUAUUUGGGAAACUUGGGCCUUUUCUUAAAAAAGCUGCGCAUCAGCAUUCGUCCUCUUCGCAAUGCUUUUGAUGGAGACAUCAUCGAAAAACACAGCCACGUCAUAUCAUUGAAAGUCCUUUCUCAAUUUCUAUGUUCUGGGGCUCAUAGGAGCCCCCUAGCUAGUGGGAAACUUACAGCCCAUUUGCAAGAAGCUACGCAUUGA